GCUAUGCACUGGAGAAGAAAGUAAUCAAAAGCAAAGUGGGGGAAAAAGUUGGCCUGCCUUGUUGUCAUGAAAUACCCAGCUCAGAAAGCCUACACAACUAUCGGGUCUACUGGCAGAAGAACACCACGGAGGUAGUGCUUGCCUACGCAGAAGGGAAGAAGAUCUCCAAGAACGAUCUCUACGACAACCGGACAGGGUUUGAUGACAGGAACCUCACUCUGUGGAUCUCCCCUGUGAAAAUCCUGGACAAUGGCUCUUACCAGUGUGUAGUUCAGCACCUCAGAUUUUUGCAGAACCCAGUUGUUGUGUGUGAUGAGCCUGUUGCCGUCUUUGUUACAGCUGACUUCAGUAAGCCGGACGUAACAGCAGAAGUAUCCACUAAUUCAUGUGAAUCAACUGAGAUGGUGGUAAGAUGCUCUUCUCAUGGAGGUUUCCCCAAACCCAAAAUCUCUGGAGCCCUCAACAACGUGUCUGUGGUAUGGAAUGCCAGCUGGGUGUCUGAGUCCAGCCUCAGCCCGUACAACGUCACUGGCAAACUGUGGCUCAACGUGACCAAAGACGCCAUCAUCACUUGCUCCGUUGAAUACAAUGGCUUUGCCAAGUCCACCAGUUUGCUUCUGAAAAAAACAAAUGACUGUGUUGUCCCUACUGUUCCUCCAUCUUACAAUGUCAUUACUGCUUCAAGUAUCAUCAUUGUCAUCUUCCUUUUGGCUGUCACCUUAGCAGCAAGAUACCUCCCAAGGCAUG